UGUCUGCAAAAAAUAAAGUAUGCAUAAGUAACUGUCUCUUUUGUCCCUCUUGGUAGACACAUAUAUGUACUACAAGGAUAACAUAUUCCCUAGCUAUAUAGUCUCUCAUAAGCAUUUAACCUCCCUACUUCCCCUACUCUUCCUUCUUCCACCAAGUACGUACAUCUCUUUCUCUUAUUCAUCUCCUUCAUCUUAUUUUAUUCUUUUUUUCAUCACUAACAAUAACCCAUAGUACUAGAAUCAUUCAUCAUUGAUCCCACCGUACUUCAACAACAACACAGACACUAAAAUAUUUGCUAUCAUUAUUUAAAGACAUCCUUCAUUUUUCAAGAAUAUUUCAUGAACCAAGAAGAAUAAAGAUGCGGAGAUUCUACGGGUUUGAGAGCUGGAUAGAUAAAGAUUCAGAUAAAAUCAACGGUGAGAAACCAAAGUCGGAGAGAAAAUCAUCAGAAGCAUGCAAGAGUCAUAGGGAAGCUGAAAGAAGACGCAGACAGCGAAUCAACAACCAUCUCUCUACUCUUCGUUCUCUCCUCCCUAACACAGCAAAGUCAGACAAGGCGUCGUUGCUAGCGGAAGUGGUGCAGCACGUGAAACGGUUACGGAAGGAAGCUGAUGACGUGGCGAACCGUUGGAAUGAUGAACCGUCGUCUUCGUGUAGUGGAGAACCGGGUUCGGUUGUUUCUGUUGAGGAAGCUGAGUUGUGGCCGUUUCCGGGGGAAUCUGACGAGGCGACGGUGGGUUAUUGCGGCGGGGAGGAAGGGGAAGGUAAAAGGAUGAAAGUGACGGUGUGUUGUGAGGACCGGCCUGGACUGAACCGGGAUCUGGCGCAAGCGAUACGGUCGGUUCGGGCGAAACCGGUUAGAGCGGAGAUAAUGACGGUUGGGGGGAGGACGAAGAGUGUGGUGGUGGUUGAGUGGGGGAAUGAUGGAGGAGAGGAGAAGGAGGUGGAAGCGUUGGAGAGGGGGUUGAAGGCGGUGAUGGAGAAUCGGGCUUUUGUGGAUUCGGGAAUGGGCCCGUUGUUGUUGGGCCGUAAACGGGCUCGUGAGAGUAGUAAGGUUGAGUGUUCUUUGUUGUUGAGAAAUGAGAAUUUCUGCUGACAUUUUAUUUAUUUUGUUUUCUGUACAAACAGGAUUAAAGAGUAUCACUUCAUUUUUCAAUUUAAGGUAUUUCAAUCCAACCAUUUGAAAAACAAUUAUCAAAUGUAGUCUCUGAGAAGUUCACAAACAAAACAAGUGACUAACAAUCUUAUAGCAGUUUCCAUAGUUCCACUAGUGUUGGUAUCCGUAUGCUAUUAGCAAUCUAAGAAUAAUGAAUGUAUUUAAAACUGGGACAUUCCUAUAAUGAUUUGUUCAAAUCAAUAAGCAGUAAAAUUCAC